AAGAAGAAAAGAAGCCAUGGCGGUCCGGUUAUGUAUUUGAUUCAACCGCGUUCGCUCGCGCGGCUUUUAGCUGCUAAUGGCGCCAUCGAGUGAAGAGUCCGCUUCUUACUAACGCCAACUUGAAAUCACGCGAGUGAAGAGUCCGCUUCUUACUAACGCCAACUUGAAAUCACGCGAUUUCUCCAACGGAGCUUCACCUUUUAUUUAAAACUCCGCCUCUUCUCUUAUCUUCACUACAUCAAAAGUUCAAAACAAUCCGUCCAAGAUGAGCAGCGAUGGCAGUUUUUGGCAGCAGUUCUUCACUUGCCUUUCCAGUAACGAUUGCGAUUCUCAUACGGGACUUACAAGAGCCCUUCAAUUGCUUGAGAAUGAGAAAUUCGAAGCAACGAAUGCCGUGAACGGGUCACCAUCGUUUCACGAUGAUAACCUGGUGAACUCGUCGAGUCCGAUCUUGAGUGGAAGCCGAGAAUUAGUUUCUGCUAACUCAGCGGAAGCUAAAGGAAAAGGCACGAUGAAACGGUGCAGGCGCCGGGGACCCGGGGAAUCAUCAUCUUCUAGGAAACGGUCAAAACCGACAAGGGAAGCAAAGAAUUUCGAAGAGCUUAUAGACGGGAAAUCUGUGGCGGAGAGCGAGAAAAUUUUAACAGAUCGACUCGCCAGAAAGAUAAUCAAUGACAAGAUUGCAGACAUGGAAAGUAUCUUAUUCAUAGUUAAGCUGAUGAUGGACUCAAAUUCGUGCCAUCUCUUACCACAAGUUCUCGGAUCACUCAAGCAAAUCAAAACAGAAUGGCCAAUGCGAUCUGAUAUCCCAGUUCGAUCUGAUAUCCAAGUCAUCGAGCAAAAUAUAAAAAAAAUCGAGGAUGAGUCCAAGAAAUGCGGUUUAACAAAAGCUGAAGCGAAGCUGGAGUUGGUCAAAGUGGAAGUGGAGAUGAAAAAGUUAGAUAAAAAACGAGAAGAGGACUUGAAAGAAGUGGAGAAUCCAGUCCAGAAGCUUGAGGCAAUGUUCCUUAAUAACAUGGAUUUCAGCGUGGAGACUUUAAGAACAACACUUGCUGCAUUGAUUCCAUGGAUGAUGUGAAAGAAACUACUACAACUAAUGAUCCUGUAAUACGUGGCUGAUCUCGUUGUGAAUCAAAGGGUGUUCUGAAAAUCACCAUAUGAGCUUCAAUUUGGCUGAACUCGUACUUUUCUCUAUCUAAAUUGUAUGGUUUUCGUAUUUGAACUCGUUAAUGCUUGUU